UACUGUUGCCAUUCAGCAAGGGGAGCUCUUUAUGUUUUUGCUUCAUUGUCAGAGGACAUUUUCAUUUGUGAUACAGUCUAAUGUCCUAAAACUAUUACAUGAAUGAGAUAAAGUACGAAAAUUAAGUCUAUUUAUAAAGUUUAAACAGUCACAGUUGACUUUUCUUUAUUUAAGAUCUAUGAGAAGUGUAACAAACUUUCAAAAUCUGCUUUUAGUCUUAAAUGUCCAAUCUAAAAUCAGUUUUUAUUUUGAAAGAUGAUUCCGGAUGUUGAAGCUUUUGUUAUGAUGUACUUGAUGAGGGAGUCUCGUGCCAGUCUGUCGAGCAGCGCGAGCCGCUCAGCUGUUUGAACCUCGGGCGGUAUGUGAGACACCAAGUUUCAGAGUAAACGUUGAAACCGUUUUCUUUGGAGGUUAUUGGCACAUUUUUACGUCUUUUUCGGAUUAACUGGAUCCACGUUUGAUUUCUUUUCCUUGUCGUCUUGAUUUUCGGGUGUUAAAUGUGGGAAUGUGAUUUUUAUGGUGUCUAAACUCAGACUUGCGGCUCUUGUUCUGGGUUUUUCUGUGACUCUGAAUCGGCGUCACCUGUCCGGUACCGGUGACGGUAUUUAGUUUGAAAGGAAAACGAAAGACCGGAUAAACCUGCCGGCAAUGAGAGGACUGGUUCUCAUUAGUUUGUGUCUUCACCUACACACAUGCCGGGCUCUCCCCAGCCAGAUGCCCGACCUCAGCACUGAGCCACCCGGGCACUUCUCCUUCAUAGACCCGCUGUUAGACUACGACCGACUGGAUGAGGAGCUGGGAGGCGGUGGUGUUCGGAGCGAGGCGGAGGGGGCGGAGGGCUGCGGUCCGUGUGAGCCGGAGCUGUGCCCGGAGACCCGGGGCUGCCGGGCUGGGCUUGUACUGGACCCCUGUGGGUGUUGUAAGGAGUGCGGAAACCUGGAAGGCCAAGCCUGUGACCCGGGGGACCGCAGCGUCUACUACGGCCUGUGUGGGACCGGGAUGCGGUGCCAGGUGGACCCGCGGCCAGGAGGGACAGUAGGAGAUGAAGAUGAUGAAGAGGAGGUUUGUGUGUGUGAAGAGCAGGAGGCGGUGUGUGGGAGUGACGGGGUCUCCUACAUGAACAUGUGUCAGUUCAGAGAAGCUGCUUUCUCCAAACCCGGACUCAAGACCAAAGGAAAGGGGCCCUGCAAAACCGGUAUGAAACCUGGCUCUCUGUGUGUGUCUGUGAGCUUGCCUGUCCCUCUGCUGUCAGAUUCAGAAACUUUUCAAACAUGUAAAUGUGGUGUUACUGGACUGACCCAGGCCUCUCCCGGGUCAGUCUAGAUGGGUUGAUGAAAGGCCUGAUGUGGGUGGAAAAAGCCCCCCUGGGACCCAUGUUUAGUGCCCGUGAUCGCUUUUUAAAUUAUACACACAUUUUCAUUUUUAUUAUUAGUCUUAAAUUAUUUGGAGAGAACAAAACUUUAGAUUGUUGGUUGAGCUGCAAAGUGAAAGAGGCAUCAAACAUAACUCAAUGUAAACAAUGACACAGUAUAUUGGAAAACUAAAAGUUAACCCAGCUCCUUUUUUGUUUCCUCUGUCGGUUUCUUGGCAAGGGGGCUAAUACACUUACUGACAAAAAGUUUCUAAUGUUUCUGAUAAUUGUUGAUUUUCCAGUCAGAUUCAUUUUACAUUUUAGGAACUGAAGUUAAACUUAUAACCCAUGUAAAAACACCCUACAGUGUUUCUUAAACUGCAUCUUGAGGUUUUUUGAGAUGUGAGACCCUGGGAGAAUAAGACUCAUAUUUGUCUUUGGAGGAACAGAAGACAGAUGGCAGAUUUACAACAAAGACCCAGCCUCAUGUGUUUCUCUGUAGCUUUUCCCUCCAGCUGCGACAAACAUUCACAUUCUCUGCUGCUGCCGAGGAAGUGCCUCCUUUCUCACUUUCACUGAGAAGCUUUCCUCACUGAGAUGAACUCGGUCUGAUUAGAAAAGCACGUGUUUGAGGAGUAAAACAGCAGAGGAAAAUAUUCUACCUGUGUUUUCUCAAACUCAAUAUAUCCAUUCAUGCGUAUUGCAUAGAAUUAACAAUAUUCUUAAUCAGGUAUGAAGCAAGUUUCGUGUAGAUUCUAACUUGAGCUGCAUUUACACAUGCACAUUUCUUGAAUGUCUUAGCAAGAGCUGCAUGUGUGAACACAAACAAGCAAAUUCAAGAAAGUUUUGUGUGAUCAUGCAAUCCCUCAAAAGCUGCUUCAUACUUGUUCUCAAAACUGCAAAUACAUGCAAUCAGGGUCCAGAACCUCCACAGUCAAGCACAUCAGCAUUGUACGUCAAAUCAAGCCCAAGAACCUGCAGAACCUUUGACUGUCUUUGACUUGUAACAACUCUGUCAACUCCAUCUGCUGCUGCUGCUGCUGCUGCUGCAGGGCUGCCACCCUCCUCUUCACCCAAAGCAGCCUGGGUAAACACAGCCAGACUUUAGAGCAAGUACGGGUAGAGAUCAUGAUCCAGUGUUGAACUUGAUGUUAAAAUCAACUCAAGGCAAAUUAGCAAACUAACCAAGGUGACAUAUGAUUAAACUGUGAGGUGUUUAAGGUCGCACGAAGAACAACCAUGAAGUCAAGUCAUGACAAACAGAAGAGAGCCUUUCAAACCUCUGAUAUACAACACUUCUUUUCCGCUUCUGUUUUAAUAUUGCACAUUGAUGCACUCUAGCAGCCUCCUUUACUGUUGCAGUACAAUACAAUUUUGUCUUGUUUACAAUUAGAACGGUACAACACAACAGCUUACAGUAAAAUCCACUCGUUUCAUGAGACUGUGAGCUUUCCAGCAAUAAACUGUGAGUGUUUCUAAAGCAUCUACAGAGAAUAUCAGUGUGUCAAAAAAAGAUCAAAAACAAACAUUAACCUGUGAGGAUUUUUACACAAACUUCAGCAGAAUAUUAUUUCUGUUGUGAGCUAGCUUUGUUAUGGUCUAUAGACCAAUCAGAGGCUGUAUCUGCAAUCAGUUGGCCUGUAUUGAGUCCAAUCAGGAGCCAAGAUUCCCCAUCUUAGUUGGAAAUGAAACAAGUUAUAAAACAUGUGUUGUUGAAAAUACGUUUUUACAAACAAAAUUAAAAACUGGAUCGAUUGCCUGAAUUGAGCGUCCUUUUAUGUCGUGUCCUGCUUCCUGUCCCCUUACCGUAUGUACUUUCUGAAAAGGGCUCAGCAUGUUUGAAAAGUCACACAGUAAGGAGUCUGUGGGUUUUGUUUUCCAUUAAAGUUCAGCUGAACCAACUGUUGAACCCCCUUCGAAUCACUGUGAAAAUACAAUUUCACAUGAAUGAAGGGUUGUUUGCUCAUAGUAAGUCGGCCUUUUGAGAUAUGAGGCUUUCACUAGGCAGCAUACAAACAUAUAAUGCUCUUAUAGGAUUGACUGCAUUGCUUCAGAAUAAACAGGCCUGCAGGUUGUACAGUAGUUUAAAUCUAGCAGACGUGAAAGAUCAACAGCAGUGUAUGUUCACAUUCAAACAUACAGAUUAUAUUCAAUAUUUUUGAUGCAUGACUGUAGUGCUUUGACUGACAAUAAAGGCCCAAAAAUCUGUCGUGCUUGAGUUCAGGUAUGUAGUUCAGCUAGCCUUGGAUACUGGAGUGCUCACAGUAAGUACAUAGAGGCGGGUGGAGUCAGGAGACAAAGAUGUGUCUGACCCUGGAUCAGUUGUGGUGGUUGGUGGAUAAAUGCUUAGAGCUUUAACUCCAGCUGUGAGAUGAAAUCUCAUCCUUCGGAGGUUUAAAGACCUGAUGGAGGUUAUCAGGUCUGACUGAGACCUGUGUUGGCAACGGGGGACCCCACCCGUCUCUGUGCUGUGUUCUGACAAACAGCCAGUGUCGGCUUGGAAACACUCACUCACUGUUACCUCCUCCUCCUCCUCUUCCUCCUUCUCCUCCCAUCAGUUUAUCACCAAACCCUGCUGACCUCCACCUUCACCUCUGCUUUUGUUCAACUUUAUUUGUACCUGUGGUGGAAAUCAGUGUGUAUGUUGUAAACUACCGUAUAGCUUUAUAACUUGUGAGUAACAGAGAAAUGAUGUGUUAUUUUCAGCGCUGCUGUUUCACUGUUCAGUUCCAUCAAUAAAGUCAAAGCAUGUAGAGCAGAGCAGUCCAGUGGUGCCCAUUUUUAAUAACUAGAUCCUAGACGAUGCUGCACAUUGGGAUCUACUCGAGCAUAUCACACUCUCAGCCAGUACAAGUCACCCUUUUACCGCCUUUGUCUAGAAGUUUUAGUUCCAUAAUGUUCCCCCUCAUCAAGACGUUGAAGUUUGUGAAGUUUGUUGAGCAAACUUCACAACCUGACAGCACACAGGACCAGCUGUUUUCUCUUCUCCUCUGUACUGAUCAGUUCCCUCUGUGUAGAGAGGUGUAUGGGUAAAAGUAGAGAUUGUAUAAUUAAUGAACAUAGCUUCGGUAUGUAUGUGGUUUCUGGUCAUACUUGUCAAGUUUUUGCAUUAGAGAAUACGGACAAUUUUCUGCCCCCCCCCCCCCUCCCAAAUGUUCAAAUGUUUGUUUUUUAAAAAUAUUAUAUUUAUAUUUGUUGAUAGCUCCCCUGUGAUGGGCCUCCUCGACCACAGACUGUAAAAAAUUGUGAAGUGUUUAUACAUUUAUACAUAUAAAAAAUUGACUUAAAGUGAAUUCUGUCAAUCCAAUUGAAGUUGGACUUCUAAAAUUCAUGUUAACACAUUCAACGCACUGAAAUCAAAAUAAGUCUAACUUCUCACAGUCAAACUAACACACCUGCAUAAUGGGGUUGAGGCCAAAGCUGUAUCUCGAUGCAUUUGCUUUUUGACCCAGUUCUAACAAAAAGUACAAAACUGCCUUAAAUAUACUAAAAAUAUUUACUUGUAAAAUUAGAAAGAAAGGCUGACCAUAAAUACGACAGUAGAACAAUAAUUGAUCUUGAUGCUAAUGCUUUGUUGGUCAUAGAAAAAUUUCAAUGCUGAUUCCAGUCAGUUUCUGAACUAGUGAAAAAUCCUUCCUCCUUUCACAUUGAUAUUAUCCUGAAAUGUGAUUCAUGAAGCUUUUGUCAUUCUCCAGCGAGAGUUAUAAUCAGAUCAGAUUACAGCUGGCUGUGUUUAUCCAACAGGUAAUACCAUAUAUUUUCAUAAUAGAGUGUUUUCACCCACAGGGACAGGCCAGACUUUUUCACUUGUGGAUAAUGGCUCAGGUGUAUUUGAGGUUGAUGCAGAAACUGUCAUUAUAAAAGACAAAAAUGCCCCAAACUGAGCCUUUGGUCAAAUUAUCUUGUUUGAAAUAAAGUAUUUUUUGGAGAAUACUGACUGCUCUCAGCUUAAGGACAGUCCUUCUCCAAAUAUUAUGAAUGCUAUACAGGGAUCGUUUAACUAGUUUUACUAGCAGCUUGUUUUAGCUUUGGUUCAGAAAACAUCCCAUCACACACAUCUUUGACAUCCAGAUAAUCCUCCUCCAGAAGCUUCCUCUCAGCAAAUUCUUCAGAUAGAGUGGAGAAAUAAACUGACAGCGGUGAGAUCUUCAACAAGCUAACACUGAAUUACUCUGAUUUAUUAAAAACAAAUUCAAAUAAUCUACUGGGAUCAAACAGCACUGUAAAGAUCCCCUGACUUGUAAAUGUGCUGUAUUUUUAAACCAGACUUUGAUAAACUGUGAAAAGUUGUCUGCUGGUUAUUAAAACAGAGUCAGUUAAUGCUGAUGCUUUUACAUGAUCCACAAAAACAAACCCUGACGUUUUCUCCCCCUUGAGUUUCACCCCAGUGUCCAUUGUUUGUUACUUUUGGCAAAACAAACCCACCAUAUAGAGUCUGGAGUCUGUAGGUGUCACAGUGAGUUUUUUAAUGAUGGCUGGUGUUACACUGGUUUGACCGACUCUGAAGCCCCCCUAAACCAUGUCCUGAAAACAGAUGGGUCCCGGAACCAGCUUUCGAUUCCCAUCCCUACUAAUGCAUGCUCUGUUAUGUAACCCACAGGUCUUUGCUGAUGCUCUCCCUGCUGAAGGCUUUGGCACUCCACAUACUCAGGUGGAAGGGCAGGCGGCUAGCAGACCAGAACAAUGCUGCCAAAUAUAAUUUAUUGCAUAGUGAUAAUACUUUUCUUUGGCCAUAGUAGUCCUGACUGAACCACAUUACGCAGACCUCUCAGAUUUGGAUUAGAUUAUCACAAAAAGUUGCUUUAGAUUUGUGAAAAUGCUAUUUAAAACCACCACCACCACCACCACCACCAACAACAACAACAACAGAGAUUUCACUGCUUUUUUCAAUCAAAACCACAUUGGACCAUGCCCUGAUUCACAACCAUCUGCCUCAAAAACACAAAGUAUUUCGGGAUUUUGAUCUGAUUUAUAAACCCAUAUGUCUGUCAAACAUCAGACAAACAAAGAAACGUGCUGAGUGCUAUAAAAGGCUCACAUGUCUGUCUGUCUGUCUCUCUGUCCGUUUGUCUGUCUUGUAGUGCCCAUCAUUAAGGUCCCCCCUCACAGUCAGGUAAACGGGACAGGAAGCAGUCUGGUUUUCCUCUGUGAGGUUUUUGCAUUCCCCAUGGCUCUGGUGGAGUGGAGGAAGGAAGGCCAAGAUGUAAUUCUGCCAGGAGAUGACCCCCAUAUUUCUGUCCAGGUGUGGCACAUUAAAUAACCCACAGGUAGACACUCAGAUGGCUCAACAGACUUCUCAUUCACCUCCUUUCUCUUACCUCACAGUCCAGAGGCGGUCCCCUGAAAUUCGAGCUCUCCAGUUGGCUGCAGAUUGAGGGGGCGGAGCCAGGGGACUCAGGAACUUAUCGCUGCAUCGCCCGUAACAACUUAGGUUCUGUGUCAGCGUCUGCUGUCCUGGGCGUGCUGGGAGCAGGUAAGAGAUGAUCAAACAGUCACUGUUCUUUGUUUUACUGUACAUGGUGGGCUCCUUCAGGAUGAGAGCGCCCAGUGCAGCUCUGAGCAGCAGAGAGUAAACACGCUGACGGCUCACCUCCGCUACCAGACGCAGGCAAAGAACAAACUGUGUAAUUAAAUUGUGCAGCAUACUUUAUGAACCCUCAGUAAGGAGGCAUAAUACUUAUACUGUCGUUCAUAAGAAAUUCAAGUUAUGUGCUUUUGGUGAAGUCACCCAAUUGUUUGUUUGAUAGAUUUCAGAAAAAACAUUUUGAAAUAUUUUAUGCAUUUGGUUUUAGGGAACUUAAUAGUGUGGUCAAAAGUGCCUCAGAGUAUUUAUUUCUGAUGCAAAAAAACCCUGUAAGAUGGGUAAAUCUGUUUCAGUCAGCCCUGACCAUAACUCAUAUAAACAAUCUUUUAUUUUGAAAGGAGUUUCGCUGUCUGAUUUUAUUUUUCAGAAUAUCAAGUAUCCCAUUUCCUUAUCUCUCUGUCUGUUCUCCUGUCUAUCAGAGGAGCUGUCAUCCUACUUGGCCAACAGUGUGUCAGAAAUGCAGCAGCUGAUGGACGCCACAGAUUACGAUCAAGACUUUUACUGAUCAACAUGUGAUGUUACUUUCUGUCACCUCACAAAGUUUGGCCUGUCAUCCUCCAUAACUGACAAAACAACCAGCUCUCAGACACUCUUUGCCUGUUGGAUCAGGCUGGUGCAUCAUUUUGUUGGACCACACAGACUUUAGUUGCCGCAGGGGAGGUCAGAGAUCACAUUAUCAGCUGCAGACUCAUCAACAGGCCAGUCUAAGAUAUAUGUAAGAGUAUCAAAGAAUGGCUCAUAUCCUCCUUACUGUACUCUCAUUUUACUCUGACAGCAGGCAGGGCUAGAACAUGAAGGCUCAGCAUGCUGAACAUGUUGUAGAUGCCACAGGUUCAAGCCCGAGACUCCUGUCAGUUCUACCAGUGUAAAAAUAUUUAUAUUAUAAAUAAAAGUCCAAAAACUAAACUGUGUCUGACAAUUUUUUUAGACUCUUUUUUUAGAGGAAAAAUAGAUCUUUGUGUUUUUUAUAUGUUAACUGGAUCAAUUAACAUAUGAAAUAUAUGUUAACUGGAUCAGAGCAGACUGAACUCACAGCCACAUACAGUGUAGUUUUCCACAGGGCGCUAUACUUGGCCCUCCUUUAUUCCUUACAUUCAUUAGAAGUUUGCAUUUAAUAUUACAGAGGGUGUUUUUAUUUUGUGUGCCAAUCAUAUGAAUAUUUUAAUAGCAUACAAAGAUAAAUACGAAUUGACAUUACUGCCUCAGUCAGAGUUCCGCUUUCAGAUUCGUAUGUCGGAUACAGAGGGAUGCUUUCAGCAAUACACUGAGAUCAGAGAAAGAUAAAGGCUACAGAGAGAAAAUCUAAAAAAAUCUCUCUAUAGACACUCAUUAUGUCACAGCCAUGAUUCAGAAAUACAAAACUCAAACACAAAAAUGCAGCUUACAUGAUGAAAAAAACUCAGAUCUCUUAGAUAAGAUGUCUUGACUUUGAUGCAGAUCAAACUCAAGUACCACUGAACUGUGAAAUACCUCCAUGGCAGGACUCCUUUGAUAAAAAUCUUGACCUCAUACUGACCCCCACAUUGUUGAACUAAACACAAACACAAGUUUUAAAUCACAUUAGGUGGCACAGAAAUAUGAUCUGAGAUUGAGCUGUACAGACAGCAGGACUUCCUGACACAGAUUUAGACCACAGAAAGUUUAAACUCCUUUGAGACCAGCAGAAGAAAUUAAAUACUCUUGGUCUGUCCAUCCCACGGCUUUUCCAUUCAGAGGAAACUGAGUAAACAUAUGCUGAAUCUAUUAACAGUCUGAGACACGGCAGCUCAGCACCUUUUUGCCACAAAACAGAAAGAUUUCAUCUCAUGCAUCAACCAGAGUGGAAAAUCUCAAGACUAGAAAUCUGUAUCAUGGGACAGAUGAGCAGCAAGAACCAGAACUGAUACCCUGUGUUCAUUUACAUAUUUCUGUUUAGCAUAUAAAAUAGAAAGAGCCUCCUUGGUGUGCAUACAGACUAAAAGAGGACUUAGUAUUGAGCCUUGUUGAACGCCAUGUAGCUGUAAGUUGAGUUUGCUUGUUCUCGCUAACAUAUUGUCACUUAUUCAACAUGUAGCAUUGAAUCUAAUUAGGUUUGGUACCAACACUAUGAAACUGAAGAUUGGUAUAUAAUAUUUUACUGCCUGUUAAAUUGAAUGCUUAAGAUUUAUGGAUAAAUGUGCUGAUGGUGAAGUCAGCUUUCACUUGCGUUUAUUCCAGCUGACUUUAUGUCUCCCUACCAAGAUCCACUGAGAGGUCAGUUUUCUUUUUUACAGGAGCUCAUAAAGAGGUAACAGGGUUCAUAUUUUAAAUUCCAGCAGAAAACUCCUCACAGGAUCUUAAACAAAUGUGGUGCUACAGUUAUAUACUACUCUUUACUCUCUGUUGAGCUGGAGUGGAGUUUGUGUUAUUUUCAAGAUAAACAGAUCUUCGACUUUACAGAAGAAACUUUUUCCAUCCAGAAUGAAAAACACAUUUUACUGUGAAAAGACGACAGAGACUUAAAUCAAUAACAGACACUGACUUUAUACUCUGAGCUGAUGUGUGUGUGUGUGUGUGUGUGUGUGUGUGUGUGUGCGUGCGUGCGUGCGUGCGUGCGUGCGUGCGUGCGUGCGUGUGUGUGUGUGUGUGUGACAUCCUGGGCUCCUGAAAACAGUCUUUACAGUACAAACAGAAAAAGAAGGUAAGCUUACAACCAUUUAUCUCAAACAAAGUGUGUUUGUUUAUAUUCUUAUGAAAAACAGUAUCUCACCACAACCGUUUUGUGUGUGUGUGAUUGUGUGUGUGUAUUUAUUUUCCAUGUUGUGACCACAUGUUUGCAGUAUAGAGUGAUGCAAAAAACAAUAAACAUGCCAAAACUUGCAUGACAGGAAAUUCCUUAAAGCCAUCUGUGGUGCAAUAUGUGUGUGUAUUUGUGUGUCCAUAAAAAAUGCAAGGGAUUGAUGUCAGAUUGCUUUAUUUUCUGUUCAUAUAAAUAUCUACAAACCUGCUUUUCCUGAGUGAUAAAGAAGGUUUUAACCAAACCAAACUCGUUUUUAAGUGUAAAAAAUGAAUAGAAAUGAUAACAAACAAAUGGCUCAAAGAUAAAUUAGAAUGAAUAGUUUGCAGGGUUUAAAAAAUCCACCUGGAGGACAUAAGACUCUUAUUGUGAAACUCUUAAGUCCUCCUCCAUCAUAUGAGACACUGACAAGAAGCAUCACCAUUGCCUUGCAACCCACUGCCUGCAAAUAGAGCGAUGAAAUCCACAGUACCAAAAAUCUUCUAUAAUAUGGAUAAGAUAAAACAACUUUCAGCAGGGACUCAUUUUGAAUCAACACAUCCCACUAAAUGGACCAUUUCUAACCUCUUAUUUUGAUGCAUGGUGGUAGCCUCCUCCACUGUUGCCAUGCUACAAGGUAAUGUUACUCUGUUUCAGUUGACAAGUAAAUAUGAAUGUGUUUUUGAAUACACAUUUAAACCUCUGUUACAUUUCAUUUCAGCUACUGUCUCAGCAUGAGUCUUUUAAGAACUCUGACAGCAUCCUCCAUGCUACAAAGUUAUGUUUCUCUUUAAAAGACGCCCCCCCCCCCAAAAAAAAAAAAAUAAUAAUAAUAAUAAGCUAAAGGAUAUAACUAUGGUGCCCAUGAAAUCCUUCUAAAGUUUCUAUAGCAUUUCAUUUUGGUUUUUGUCUAAGUAUGGGACUUUGGUAGAAUCCUUCACUGUUGCCAAGCCAAAA